UCAUGCCGGUGUUUUUGAAAGAAGUAUGCUAACGUUAAGUUAUAUAUUUUUGGUUACUAUUUUUUGGAUAAGUAAUUGCGAGGAACAAUAUUGUUCCAUCGAGAGUGUAGGGCACUGUAAAGAGGAAAAGAAAACUAACAUUUACAAUAAAGAUUUGAAUAAACGAUUCAAUAAGUACUAUCAUGCACUGGAAGAAGCAGAACAAAAUUACAAACCUUGUAAUAAUACAAACAAUGGUUGUUACAAAGAUGUUAUUAUACGUGACUUGAAAACUUUCAAACAGAAGGGUAUAAACAAAGAUUUAAUAAAUACUUCAAAGAAUAGAGGAACAUUUUAUCAAAUAAUAGGAGGAAAUGUAUAUAGACAGACAGAUUGUAUGUUUCCCUCAAGAUGUGCUGGAAUAGAGCACUUUCUUUUAAAGCUAGCACCUGACUUACCAGACGUGGAUUUAGUGAUAAAUACACGAGAUUAUCCUCAAACUUGUAAGCACUUUGGUGGUCCAUUGCCUAUAUUUUCAUUUAGUAAGACCCCAGAAUAUUAUGAUAUUACAUAUCCAGCAUGGUCAUUUUGGGAAGGUGGCCCUGCAAUUUCUUUAUAUCCCCGUGGCCUUGGUAGAUGGGAUGAACAUCGUGUAUCAUUAGAUAAAGCUAGCAAAAAUGCACCUUGGUCAAAAAAAGAAGGCAAAGGAUUUUUUAGAGGGUCUAGAACUAGCUCAGAGCGUGAUAAUUUGGUACUAUUAAGUCGUAGUAAACCAGAUUUAGUAGAUGCACAAUAUACAAAAAAUCAAGCAUGGAAAUCUGAUGAAGACACAUUAUACGCUGCUCCAGCUUCUGAAGCUCCAUUAGAAUCUCAUUGUAAAUAUAAAUAUUUAUUUAACUUUAAAGGUGUUGCAGCAUCAUUCAGACACAAGCACUUGUUUCUGUGCCAGUCUUUAGUCUUUCAUGUUGGUGAUGAGUGGACAGAAUUUUAUUAUGAUGCAAUGGUGCCUUGGAUUCAUUACAUACCUAUUCCUAAGGAUGCAGAUCAAAUAGUAUUGGAGGAGAUAAUGCAAUUUGCAAAAGAGAAUGAUGAAUUAUCUAAGAAAAUAGCAGAUCAAGGGAAGGAUUUUAUAUGGAAUAAUUUGAGAAUGUCCGAUAUUGUACAUUUUUGGAAGAAACUCAUACGAAGAUAUUCUAAACUUUUAACAUAUAAACCUUCCUUAGACGAAACUUUGAUUAGGAUCGAAAAGAAGGAGAGAUCUUAA